UGGACAUCGUCUACACUUUCAACAUAUUCGGUACAUUUAGUUGUUUCAAGAUGAAUCAAUUCCAAAUUCUAGUUGCUGCAUAAUGCAACCUUCGUCAUUAUAGAGCACAACAUAUGAAUCAGAACUCUUCGGAAUCGUUGUUACAAAGUGCAGAUGAAAAACUUACCAUCGAAAAUCAAGUUUCAGACCAUGGCAACAUGAAUUCGAUUCCUUCCGUUUAUAGAAAGAAUUUAUCUGUUUCAUCUUAUCCACAAGAAACACUGAACAAAGAAACCGUUCACAUCAAUUUAGAUCCUAAUACAGCGCCUGCUCGAUACCGUGGCAUUCGUGAUUUAGAUUUAAAUUCGUGGGAUGACGAAGCAGCGGGGAAAUUACGUGUAUCAUUUCUUCCUUCUGGAGAUUUAUACGACUUUUUAUCUCCGUGUAGACGUUCUCUUGGCCUUCGUGCCGUUACUCGCUCUGUAAAUUCGCGGCCUCUUAAACGAACAUUAGGUGUUAUCUGGUUUGUUAACGAUUGUUGUGGGAUUACUUGUAUUUUUAUCACUUGGCUGCUUAUUCUGUAUGCAGAGUUUGUAAUAGACUUCAUAAUACUAAGUCAUUCUCCAUCACAUGCCUUUUACUGGACUAGUGGAACGAUUUAUCAUUUGUUUGCCAUCCUGGCAGUAGUUUCUCAUUUCAAAGCAUUCAGCACAGACCCAGGUAGCAUCCCAAUCGGUGCAGCAAAUCAAGCAUUUGCAAAAUCUUUACAACAGUAUUCUUCUUAUUUAUCUGCCCCUCCUAUACGUUGCACAAAGUGCCUUACUAUUAAACCUAUUCGUGCCCAUCAUUGUCGCAUUUGUCAACGAUGUAUACGUAAAAUGGAUCACCAUUGUCCAUGGGUAAAUAAUUGUGUCGGUGAAGGUAAUCAAAAGUACUUUGUUUUAUUCGCUUUUUAUAUUUGUCUAAUGUCAUUUACUGCUAUUGGAAUGUGUAUUUAUUUUCUUUUGCAAUGUUUGGGUUCCGAUUGGGAGGUUUGUCAAUCAAAUCAGAAUGUUAAUAUACUAGGCAAUUUUAGUUCAUUAGCGUGCAGUGCAUUUGCCCUAGGAUUGAUAUGUGAAUCCUUGAUGUUCGGUAUUUUUACUUUAGUUAUGUGCAUCAGUCAAUUGUGCGCUAUUUCAAAUGAUGAAACAGGGAUUGAAAAUAUUAAAAAAGAACAGUCAUCAUGGGAGAAACAAUCAACCAGGAAAAAUUUUAUCAAAGCGUUUGGUGCACCAUUUUCAUGGCGAUGGUUUAGUCCAUUCUCAUCACCUUCAUUUGUUCCGACAAUAUUACCAGGACUUCCAGAUGAUGUCAAUUUAACCAAUAUGUUAUAUUUAGCUGAACAAAAUGCAACUCGACAAAAUACAAGUGAAUUUCAGUCAGAUUUUAAUCAAAUUGGAUAUAUUGUUUGAAAGAUAAUUACUUCUUUUUUUUCUGUUUUCUAUAAUCUUAUCACAGUUCAUUGUGAGAGAAAAAAAAACCGAUGAGUUCAGUUUUAAUCUUUGUAUAAUGUAAUACUCGCAGAAUUACCUCUAUGCUAGAUUCAUAUAAUGGUAAUGUCUACCUUGGGUAUAUAUCCUAAAAUUAUUGACAUCGUAGUGUUACUUGUUUGUUGAUAGGGUUAUGUAAAUACAACUAUUGAUCUUCAUUGAAUGAUAUCAUCAAGGUCUAUAUCAUGAUUUAGACAAAAUAUACUGUAGGUGAUCACAAGAA